AGCAUACAUAGUAGUCGUAUAAUAAAUAUAUAACGACACCUGCUUCGCUGAAUAGAUACACACUCACAGUUGGUUUCAUAGUAUAGCAAUAGACCAAUAUGGUCUUCGUGCACGGAUGGGUGACCAUCAAGAUCUACGAGGCCCGCAACCUGCGCUCGGCCGAUAUGGAUGGUUUGUCCGAUCCUUAUGUCACCGCUGAUCUGGGCAAACAGCGUUUGGUCAAAACAAAGACUAUCAAGAACUCAUUGUUUCCGAAAUGGGACGAACGAGUCAAGUUUGCG